AUGGUGAAAAAUACAAGGGACGUGUCAUUUUGCUGCGUUAGAAUUGUCGAAUUUCGCAACACGGUGAACGAGAACGAAGAAGAACUCGUGUAUACACGUUCUCGCGAAAGACAGUGGACUGUCCGACACGCUCUAUUAAACAAAUUUCAGGCGACGAAUUUGAUAUGCUGGCUGCUGGUCGCGUGUGUCUGCCUUGUCGAAGCCAGAUACACGAUGAGAAGACCCCCUCUACCACCGCCACAGCUGAUGUACAAAAAAUCUUGGCCGAUCGCCCACAGAAUCUCGAUGGGGAAUACAAUGUACAUUAACGGAAAUUUUCCGCCGAAACGAAUUCCUCCCCAGAAACCUUUAAAUUACAGAGUACGACGUCCGCCGAUGUACAGCAUGCCAGCUAACAUUUGGAAGAAUCAAAUGCCGAUUCGAGUCCCUUUAAACAAUCACGCGGUUCUUCCGCAGCGACCACCGAUGAAAGAGUUUCAUACCGUGAACAAAAUGCCUGAAUAUAGUCCAGAGUACAGACCGGAAGCCGCGGUUCUACCGCCGACUCAUAGGGGUAGCUUAGACGACGACAAAGGCCCGAUUCAUACGAUUCCAGCGCCUAACCUUAGCCCCAUGGACAAACCCUUCAGUGGGGAAACGAACGCCCAGGACACCGUUCAACGACAGCAGAUCACCGAUGCUACUUACAAAAUUAAUCCUCACGGUUCACUGCUACCACACUAUGACAUCGCCGCGAUCAGCACAAGUUUGGCACCGCAGAAACCAGUGACAAGUCCCACACCGACACACCACUACGAAGUGACCGAGACCAACGAUAUUAAUCAAAAGGAUUACCAAACUGUUCUACCAACCUUCUUUCCCCCAGAUUACGCGACCGGGUUGUCGACCAUAGUGAACCCCGAUUUGCAAACGAACGACGUGUAUCUGAGUAAUCAGCCGGCGUCGAAUAUUGGACUGAUCGGAACUAAUAUACAACUCGGACAACCGAAUCUACCGAUGCAAACGAAUCUUCACAGUUCCCUGCACGUUGGCUUCCCUGGCACUGUUAGCCAAACGCCGUACAUUAUAAAUCAACAAAUACCUGAUUUACACGUUGGUCAUCCAGCUCCAGCUGGGCCGCCAUUAUCGGCGACGCAACUUUAUGAUCUUCUGAACAGCUUUCCACAAAAAAUGCCUGAACAAUACCAGACGGGUCAGCAGCCCCAACUUCAGCAGCAGAUACUUCAACAGCAACUCGGUCAAUUCUUCCAACCUACCGGAGUAACAGGUUUCUCGCAGCCUCAGAUGCAAUCCUUCAAUUACGACGAGCAAGAUAACAAGGAGCAGCAACAGCAGCAACGACAGCAGCAGGUUGUGUUCAACCAGGAUUAUGUCGCCGGUCGUGUUAAUACGAAUUACAACGUGGGAUCGGAGGAUUCCUUGGAGGAUCAGGAUGACGCCAAUAAUCUACCAGAGAACGAGGAUCUUUCGUACAUCGCGGACGGUACCGAACAAUUGGAGAACAACAUCGAAUACGACGAGACUAACGAUAGGAGUGUCUCUCAGGCGACGUAUUUCAACAAAGUUGCCAACGACGAGGGGAUAUCCACACAAUUUUAUACAACAUUACCGAAUCGGGAAGCGGCUGAAAAGUUAGCAGCCCUGGCAGCCGCUGGAAACGUAAACAGUCAACUGAUAGGCCACCUUCGCAAGCAACAGCAGCAACAGCAGCAGCAAUUACAAGAGACGGUGCAGAAUGAAGAAGCGAUACCUUCCAAUCAUAAACACGAUGAUUACGAAACGAAUCAAAAAAUUAACGACAACUACGAUUUAAAAGCUCAACAAGAUCGAAUGAAGAAUCGAGAAAAGCAACGACAGCAGGAACAGCAACAGGAAGAACGAAUAGAGUACGAUAGACAGUCCCAUCGUCAGAGACAGAGUAGCGUGUACAGUAAUAAAAGACCUUUGAGAAUUAUGGUACCGGAUGAAAAUGAGUACAGUAACGGAGAGUUGCAGAACGACGAAGCUAAGGAAAUUUCGGAAGUUGAGUACGAGUACGAGAAUGACGAUCAGGAUGUUACGAGUUCGCAAUCUGACGGAAGAACAUCUGAACAGUCGACUUCCGAGUUUGGAUCGCGUUUAAAUACUAAGACUACGGUGUAA